CCGCAUUGUCUCUCUCUUUGUGCGGGUGCUGGGUUUUUUUGUUCCGUUCGUCUCGCCCUAGGGCUGUGCCGUGCCAUGGAAGGCUGGCAGGUGUCCUGGCAACAGAGUCUAGGCAGCCCUUUUCCUGCUGUCCCUGAAGCAGGGAGUAGAGGAGGCAGCAGCUGCUGCUAGGUGUGCAUUGCACUCUCCCCACUGCUGCAGCCACCUCAGCCCUCUCCUCCCCUGCUUCCCCCUUUCACCAGCUUGUGGAUAAACAAAAGGAGGAUACUGUCUCCACCCUGCUCCUUGUCUGUAUCUCACAGCUCUCAAUGCAGACGGGGCACAUUUAGGGUGUUAGGGCAGGAGAGGCAGACACACACACACACAGACUGCAAGAGGAAUGAUGCUUGAAUCCAUCCGUGUCACUGAAAAACUUCACUGGCCUGAGCAAGAGCUCUCUAAAAAGUCAGUCUUAAAUCCAGAAGAACAUAAGCUGACCAUUAAGAAUGAAAGCAGUCUUCAGCACCUGUCCUCUGGAAUCCUUAAGGAUAUUUUCACAACGGGAACCAGUAGCUACAAUGUCCUUCUGCAAAGCAAAGAGGAGAAAAAACACCACUCUCAAAAGCUGUCAUCUGCCCACCACAAGAGGCACAGAAAGUGCACCAAGUCUUCUACUACCUCACGAAGCAACGAGCACCGCAAGAUCAAAGUCCCACUGCCUUUGCUCAGCAGUGGUUGGUAUUGCAUGAACAGGCAGCCAUCCAUCUUUAUUGCUAGCCCAGUGUCUAGCAGUGUAAAGUUUACACACAGUAUUUCUGUUGCAGGGAACAGCAUAGGACUGCCACCUCGACCCAAAAGCAAGGCUAAGAGACAUUAUUUUUCUAGUCUAACAAAGCCAAAGCAGCCUCAGUUGUCAAAAAGCCAUGGUAAAGAGGUAGAUGUCUCUGGCCGAAAACUCUGUAUACUAACUGCCAUCAAGCCUUCCAAUGUGGAAAAAGAGAAGAUUAAAUUCUUCAAGUCCAAUUUUACCUAUAAUCCUCAGUUUGAAUAUGCAAAUCCUGCAUUGCCAAAUGUGUUAGCUAAGCACAGCCAAGCAUCCAACAAGUUUCUUAAACAGUCUGUCAGUAUUAUGGAACGGACAUUGCAGAAAUAUGGAAGCUAUGAAAAGUUCGAGCAGGCUACAGGAGGCAGCCUGCUACCAAAAAGUCGCAUUUGGAAUCAUGUCAGGAAAUACAUGGUGAAAGAAGGCUGCCUUGGUGAGAUUGUAGUUCAUCUCACUGAGGACCUGCUUUCUCGUGCCUCAAUGACAGUGGUGAAUGGCCGCCCAACUCUGACUAUCAAUGUUUCCACUGCACGUGAGCACUGGCUAGAAGGGAUGCUGAGGCAUGAAAUAGGAACUCAUUAUUUUCGAGGUAUUAACAACAACAGCCAGCCUUGGUGCAAUUGGCAUGGACGUAAAAAGCUUGGGUUAAAGCCAAUCAACCCUACCGAGGAAGGCCUGGCGAGUAUUCACAGUGUCCUGUUCCGAAAAGACCCCUUUCUAUGGAGGGCUGCCCUUCUCUACUACACUGUCUAUCAAGCUAGCCAAAUGUCCUUCAGUCAACUCUUCCAGGAUGUGGGGAGAUUUGUCAAGGACCCCAACACUAGGUGGGAUUACUGUGUACGAGCCAAGAGGGGGUGGAUUGAUACUUCCCAGCCAGGCUGCUUCAGUAAGGAUCAGGUAUACUUGGAUGGCAUCCUCCAAAUCCUAAGAUACAGGGAGUCUAUCGAUUUCCACUUGCUGAUGGCUCUUGGAAAGGUCUCUUACGAGGAUGUGGAUCGCUUGAAGGAAUUUGCGGUGAUGGAGAACAUGAGAGUACCACACUUCUUGCAGGACCAUAUCAGAUACAUGGAACAUUUGGAAAAGAUCAUGGAGGUGAAUGAGCUGACUGACCAAGAGCUCCAGGAUCUCAUAGUGUAACAGUCAGUCAAUCUCUUACCAGAAAUCUGUUCUGUAUGCAGCCGGUUAUACAGAACUGGACUUCACCACAGCUUGCAAAACUAGAAUGAAUCAACUUUUGUUUUAUUUUCUGGCAAAAAUCUAGACUAUUUAGAUUUGUUAAUUUUUUUUUUUUUUUUUUUUAAAUUCAAACCUCAGACUAUCGAUUCAGGAAUGUUUCUUUGAAAAAAAAAAAAAAAAAAAAAAAAAAGAGUUCUUUGAGAUUCUUUCCUCACUCCUAUAAUAUAUAUUGGUGGGUUUUUAAGGUUUUGUGCCUCUUCCAAAUUAAAUUAUGGAUUGAACAUAGGCACAUCAUUUAGGAUUUCCCGUGUAACUGGUCAGUCCCAUUGUCCCUUAAAUGUUCUGUACACUGAGCAAGAUCGUUUGAAAUGUCUUGCUUUUAUAAUAUGCUGCUUUUUAUUCUUUCUAAAGUCUGCAUUUUGUAAUUUUUCCCCCUUGGCUCACUCGCAUUGGCCUCAUUUCUGGUCACGGCCUUCACAACACUCCCCCACAGCAGCAAAAUUGUGGAACUACUACAGACUAUGCCACCAUUUUCUUAACUCUACCCCAUUGUAUAUUGCUUCCCUCCUUGUAAGAUCACAAUGUGCAGACACAUGCCUUACACAACAGUAUUGUAGUUUGGACAUGCGAGAAAGGCGAUUUCCACACUUCACGUUUCAAAUAGCAGCAGUUAAGGUUGCUGUGUAAAUGGCUGUAAACAGACUAGAAAGUUGCCCUCUUCCUCCCAAGAGGGGUUGUGCUGUUGCAGCAUUGAAUAUAUGCCUUUCACUGUCCUCCUCUGGCUUGUACAGUACAGGUUUCAAGAGGAUGAGCUGCAGGAAAGGGCCUUUUUUUGCCCUUGAGGACCCAUUUAGCAAAUGGAACGUGUUAGUGGUUUGGAAGAAGGACUGGGCUGAACUGAGUUUUCUGACUAAUGUACAUAGUGAAUCCAGAUAUGGGGCCAUAUUUCAUUUCAAAAAGUGAAAGCUCCCCUUCGCUCUAGCGCCUGAACCCUGUGUGGGUUUGGUUACUUGGAGUGGUUUUGGCCCUAAUGCUGCCAGGAGCUCUGGCCUCAUGGAGCUCACUGCUGGACUGGGAACUUUAAUGGGUGGGGGACAAAAUUCACAAGUGCCCUACUCCAAUAUUCAAAGCACCUGAAGAGUUCUGGCACACCUAAGCAGCCUGAGCUCUGUUUUGAAUGUGGGUUCCAUACAAAACAAGUAGCGAAAGCACAGAAUUGUAGGGUCAUCUAUUCAAACUAAUAACUUAGGCAAGGCAAGAGGGUUGUUCACUACAGAGACCACAUUUUCUGAGUCCAGAGUAUUAGAAAAGCACUAAUAGUGGCUCCCUAGCACAUGAUGAAUCGAGCUUUGCACCUGCAGUAUUGGGCGUACUUUAAAUUCAGAUAAUUUUACCAAGGCUAAAUGCAGCCGUUAGGCCCUUGGGUUUCUGGAAGAGUCUCAGACUCACAACUCCUUCCCUUGCACCUAUGGGCAGUGGGGACAGGAGCACCAUACUGCAGCUGUGAAAACAGUUCAGCUUGCUUCCCUACCCCCACAUGGGCUCAGCUCUGCUGCUCAGUGUGUUGUCAGAUGCGAGAAGAGAAUUGGAGCCAAAGUUCCACUCCUCUGCUUUGAAGAGGGAAUACUGGCCACAAUCUUCCCCUCCUCCCAUACAGCAGGCACUGCCCACAAUACGUGGAGCAUUAAUGCAGACACCAUGGGGGAAGUGAGGUCUGACUCCUCAGCAUGGCUGCAUCUGGCUCAAUGACAAUCCAGCCCCUGGCAUCAAGUUGUGUGGAACUUAGUGACUUUUGAUUAAGGAAUGGAAUAGCUUCCAAAGACUCUGACUUUACACCAAGUACGAUGGUGUCCAUUCCAGAUUUAAAGUUUAAACAACACAUUUUGUGACCAGUGAGAGGAAAAGAAAUCUCACCUAGCAUAGAGGUUUUGAAGUUUUUGAAUAACCCAUCAAGCCAGCUGCCUUUAAAGUACUAUUACAUAUCUGUGCUGUGGUGGCUGCCUGCUUGAAAAAAA